UCCGAAAGGAGGGGGCCAUAAGGUUUCUGUUGUCGAGUCGAAAUCCAAUCCAAUCGAAAUCGAAUCGAAUCGGAAUUGAGUCGAGUCGAGUCGAGUCAUCUCCGCCAUUAUCGUCUUCUCCUCCUAUCUCUCUCUCUCUCUUCGCCACCUCUCUUCAAUUUCUCAGAUCCUCCGAUCCGGCGGCGUUACUUUUCCCACACUUCUCUCCAUUUUUUUUUUUUUUUUUUUUUUUNAUUUUUCCUCGCUGAGAAGCUAAGGAAAAAAAAAAUUCUUCGAUACGCGUUGAUGGAUCUGGUAUAUAUAGCUACGGAUUAGGAUUGGCUCUCUGUAAUCUAUUUCGUUGACCAGAGCUCGAACGAGGUUGAAUUGGGGUUUUUGUAUUGUGUAUGCCUCCGGAUCGUUGUAUAUCGUCUGUUUCGUCCGCGGAACUCAAGAGCAGAGAGGUUAUUAGCUUACGGAUAUGCAGAAGAGUGGUGUUAACCGGAAUCCUUCUUUAAGAGUAGCUAUUCCUCCUCAGGCACAACAGUCCCUCAGACGCUUAGGUUUUUGCUCUCAGAUAGCUACCGGUGGAUCUCAGCAGUCUUCUCCUGUAGUGUUUCCUGAGAAGAGAAGCAAGAAGGUGAAGACGUCUUCCCGACGUGGUGGUGAGGUUACUAGUGAUCCACAACAGGUGAAACCAAAACCUGAUGAGCAUCGGAUUGAUAUUGUUGGUGGGGAUGAGAAAUCGGAUUUGUUAGGUAGUCUUGUUUAUGCUGGGAAGCUUGUAUUGGAUAAGAGAAAAUCUGCAACUGGGAAAGAUGCUACUGAGGUACAACAACCAUCUGCCACGGAUACCUCUAAUAAAAAAGCAGUUGAUGCAAAGCUUACACGCAGGGCCUUGGUUUGGGGUUCUGACAUGCUACAGCUUGACGACGUUGUCUCUGUGACAUACAAUGUUGGUCUUAGACAUUUCACUGUGCAUGCUUACCCAAUUGGAAAAGGUUCUUGUGGUCUUUCUUGCUUCGCGAAACCUAAGAGAAGCCGCAAGGAUUUCCGCUUCGUUGCACCUACGGUAGAAGAAGCAGUUCAAUGGGUGGCCAGUUUUGGAGAUCAACAAUGUUUUAUCAACUGUUUGCCACAUCCUUUAGUCUCAAAGAAACAGGCUUCGUCUGAGUUAUUUUCGGUCCCAAUUGAUACCCCUCCUGAGUUGGUCUUCAGGUGUAAGAGUGCACCUAAAAUGCUUGUCAUAUUAAACCCUAGGUCAGGGCAUGGACGAUCUAUCAAAGUUUUCCACAAUAUAGUGGAACCAAUUUUUAAGCUGGCCGGGAUUAAGUUGGAGGUAGUCAAGACAACUAAAGCAGGUCAUGCGAGAGAGUUGGCUUCCACUGUCGACAUUAACUUGUGCUCAGACGGUAUAAUUUGUGUUGGAGGCGAUGGAAUCAUCAAUGAGGUUCUUAAUGGUCUCCUUACUCGAAGCAAUCAGAAAGAAGGAGUUUCUAUCCCAAUUGGAAUAGUACCUGCUGGUUCUGAUAACUCGUUAGUUUGGACUGUCCUUGGUGUAAGAGAUCCUAUUUCUGCAGCACUCUCUAUUGUGAAGGGUGGCCUAACAGCUACUGAUGUUUUUGCUGUUGAAUGGAUUCAUACCGGUAUUAUACACUUCGGAAUGACGGUAUCCUACUAUGGUUUUGUUAGCGAUGUUUUGGAACUCUCUGAAAAAUACCAAAAACGGUUUGGUCCUUUGCGUUACUUUGUUGCUGGAUUCCUCAAGUUCAUGUGUUUGCCGAAGUAUAGCUAUGAAGUGGAAUAUCUUCCGGCACAAAAAGAGGAUGCAGAAGGCAAAAUUCGACUUGAAAAGGAAGCUGUGGAUAUGCAAGAUCUCUACACGGAUGUAAUGAGGAGAUCAAGCAGAGAAGGAUUUCCUAGAGCCUCCAGUUUAUCAAGUAUUGACUCCAUAAUGACCCCAAGCGUAGGUGAAGUAGACACGGGUAGCAGCACACAUGCCAGCACCGAGCCAUCUGAAUAUGUCCGUGGAAUAGAUCCUAAAAUGAAACGCAUGUCCUCUGGAAGAAAAGAUGUUUCAGCGGAGCCAGAGGUUAUUCAUCCUCCAUCACAGUCAACAACCCCUAACUGGCCAAGGACAAGGUCAAAGUCAAGAAUGGAUAAAGGAUGGAUGGGGUUAACAUCCGUGCAGGAUCCUCCAACUCGAUGUUCAUGGGGGAAUACCGGUGGUCAUGACAGGGAAGAUAUUUCAUCUACUGUGUCUGAUCCGGGUCCGAUCUGGGAUGCGGGACCUAAAUGGGACAGUGAACCGUCUGCUUGGGAUGUAGAAAACUCAAUCGAGCUUCCUGGUCCUCCUGAGGAUAUAGAGACAGGACUGAGGAGGCAGACCAUGACACCAAGAUUUGAAGAUAAAUGGGUUUCUAGGAAGGGGCAUUUCCUCGGCAUCAUGGUCUGUAACCAUGCUUGUCGGACUGUGCAGAGUUCUCAGGUCGUGGCUCCCAAUUCAGAACAUGACGAUGGUACAAUGGACAUGAUCUUGGUUCAUGGGUGUGGAAGACUGAGGUUGCUGAGGUUUUUUAUACUUCUACAGACAGGUCGACAUCUUUCUCUUCCAUAUGUCGAGUGUGUAAAGGUGAAGUCGGUGAAGGUGAAGGCAGGAAAAAACACACAUGACAGUUGUGGUAUAGACGGAGAGCUGUUUGCAUUGCAUGGAGAAGUGAAAUCGACUAUGCUACCGGAGCAAUGCAGACUGAUCGGUAAUGCUCCUGGACGACAUUCAUAGUUAUUAAUGUCAUCAAUUUGUGAGGAUGGAGAGGGAGAAAGAGAGAGUUUGGAUGUUUAUAUAUAUGUCUGGAAUUCGUUUAAUUGUUUUUUGUCUUGGUCGGCGUCAAGUUUACGGUACGUAUCUAUGCCAUAAGAGAAGUAACAUGAGAGUGUAUACAAUCAAAUCCUUUGUGCCAUAAGUUCCCUAUAAAACCCCAAACCCUUUGUAUAUUCUUUUACCCCUUUUUGUGUGUUUUGAAUUAUAUAUGUACUGUGUAUGUGUUUCCUACAACGAUUUGUGUGUUUCCAUUUCUUUC